UUUGUUGUUUCUCAGUCCCAAACCAAAGAAACCCAAAAACCUAAUAACGCCUUUUCUUUUUUCUUUCCAUAUAUGAGGAUAGAGAUUGAGAUAAUCAGAUAGAGAUAGAGAUACAGAGCUCUCUCUCUCUCUGAUUUCUAGUAUCAUCAAUGAAGGUCUUAAGGUCUCGUAAAAUAGUCCCUUCAACUACAACACCCAUUACCAAAAAGAAAACCAAAACCAAAACCAAAACCAAAACCAAACUCGAGCCCUCCACUCCCACCCAAAUUCAAGAACCCAUUCUCCAAUCUCCUACUCCCACUCCAACACCCAUGUCUCCUGCAUCAAUCGGGCUUGGAUCCGAUUCGGUCUCCGUUGCUGGGGUUACUCGGCGACGAAGUCUCCGUCUCGUUUCCAAAUCCGGCGAAAAAGGCACCGAGGAGGAUAAAGGUGGGGUUUUUAUGGGUAAUGGAGAAAUGGGUAUUAUUGAUUCGUUGGAUUUGGGUUUUGCUGGAUUGAGUGUAGAAGCCUCCGACGAAGAUAAAUCUAAUAAGAGCGGUGGUUUAAGGGGUUUUCGCGAUGAUGGGUUUAAUAGGAAAUUGAGUAUUGACCUUAAUGUGUUAGGCUCCGCGGAGGAGGAAGAGGAAGAGGAAGAGGAGGGUUUAAGGGGUUUUGGUGAAGUUGGUUUAGGUUCUAAUUUGGGAAUCGAUACUACUACUACUACUACGCCCAAGUCUAAUAAGAGUGUCAAGGAGGAGCCGAAAAGGAAAAGGAGAUUGAGUAUUGAUCUGAAUGUGCUAGGGUCGGAAUAUUCGGUGGAGGAUGAGGAGAAUGGUAAAGGGUUUUUGAGUUUGCGGUCCGGGAAGAGGGUUGUGAAGAAAAGAAUGAGUGGAGAUGUUGAUGGAGGAGGAUUGGGAAGGGAAGUGAUUGAUCUUGAGGUUGAGACUGGUGAUAGGAGGCUUAGAAGAGAGGAAAAGGGGAAAGGGAAGUUGGCCAUGGAUGAUUUAGAGGCAAACAAUGGUGUUCAAGUAGGAGAAUUGGAUUUGGAUUUGGAUUUGGAAUGUGCAGUGGAUGUGACUAAUGAGGGGCAAGGGAGUGGAGGAAAUGAAAAGGGGAAGAGAAAGUUGGGUGGUGCUAGUGAUGGGGGUAUUGAUGAGAAUAGUGCUAAUAAGAGCAGAAGGAGAUAUAGCAGGGAAGAGAAAGGGAAGGACAAAUUGGUUCAUGGUUCUUCAUUACCGAAUGGUGGUGAGAAAUUGGAGUUGAGUUUGAAUUCUGAAGUUAAGAAUUCAGAUAAAGAUGUUAUUUUGUUGGAUGAAACCAGAAUUGGGAACGCUGACAAAAGAGAAAUGGCGGAUAAUGUAGCAUCGUUGGAUCAAACCAAAGUUGGGAAGGCUAACACAAGAGAGAUUGACUCAAGCAGAAGGGAUUACAUGGAACGGUUCCGAGAGAUAGCCAGGGAAAAUGCCUCUAGGUUUGCUCAUUUUUCUUCUCAAGAGGAAGAGGAGGAGAACAAUGUGCCUACUGAGGCUGAAGCAGAACCAGAAAUCGAAGAUUGGCCAGGACCCUUCUCCACAGCUAUGAAGAUCAUUAGAGAUCGGGAAACUAAAAAUAAGCGAGUGGAGAGUUCCUCUUUAGACAAGAGCAAACCUGCAUCACUGAUAUGGACACCGAGAUAUGGCCAAAAUCACAGAAAGCCCAUGGUUCCCUCACUGAAAGAACUGUGUUUGAUAAUUCUUUCCCAGAAUGCUGAUGCAAUUGCUUCACUUGAAAAUGUCCCAGAUGCUUUGAAGCACAAGCUGAGUCAGUUGCUAUGCGAUUCUCGCAGAAUGAACAAUCAUGUUUUUGAGCUUCUUAUUCGUGGAUCACCUACAGAGGUUCGCUUAAGGGAUUGUUCGUGGCUAACGGAGGAGCAGUUUACAGAUUCUUUUCAGACUUGUGACACCAGCAAUCUAACGGUGCUACAACUUGACCAGUGUGGGCGCUGUAUGUCAGAUUAUGUAUUACCUUCUACCUUAGCUCGGUCAUCAAAUAGCUUGGCUGCAUUAACUACUUUAUCCCUCAGUGGUGCAUGUCGUCUUUCAGACGAUGGGCUAAGUAAACUUGUUUCUUCUGCCUCUGUUUUAAGAUCAUUAAAUCUCAGCCAGUGUUCCCUUCUCACCUCCUCCAGUAUCGACACUUUAGCUGAUUCAUUGGGAUCAGUUCUGAGAGAAUUGAAUCUUACUGAUUGUCAAAGCCUCGAUUCUAUGCUUAUCUUGCCAGCAUUGAAGAAGUUUGAACAACUACAAGUAUUAUCAUUAGCUGGUAUUCAAAAUGUAGGUGAUGAUUUUCUCAAGGAAUUCUUGACUGCUCGUGGUCACAAUAUUAAGGAGCUUGUUCUGGCUGAUUGUGUAAAAUUGACAGAUUCUUCCUUUAAAGUCAUCUCUGAAACCUGUCCAGGAUUAUGUGCGAUUGAUCUUGUAAACUUAAGCAAAUUGACAGAUUUUGCUAUUGGAUAUCUUGCAAAUGGCUGUCGCGCAAUUCAAAAGUUAAAACUAUGCCGCAAUUCAUUCAGUGAUGAAGCUAUUGCUGCAUUCCUCGAAACCUCUGGAGAUUGUUUGAAAGAGCUUUCACUAAAUAAUGUCAAGAAGGUUGGCUACAACACAGCUGCAUCACUUGGCAGGCGUUCAAAAAGGUUGCAUACUCUGGAUCUAUCUUGGUGCCGAAAUUUGACAGAUGAGGCUGUGGGUUUUAUUGUAGACAAUUGCUUAUCAUUGAGGGUGCUUAAACUUUUUGGAUGCACUCAGAUUACGAAAGUUUUUCUCGAUGGCCACUCGAAUCCGGAUGUACAAAUCAUUGGCUUGAAGAUGUGUCCAGUAUUGGAACAUGUCAAGGUGCCUGAUCAUGAAAAAGGUCCAUUGCUUUAUUACUCAUAGUCUUCUCGAAUCUGAUCUCAAUUUGGAUCAUCAGAUAUAAUAUCAUAACUAACAUCAUACAGCAGCUAGAGACAUAGAAUAACAAAAGUUACUCAAGAUGUUAAAGCAUAUAUGAGUUGAAAACUCCUUAAGCAGUGUUCUUUUUUGCCCUGUACCUAUCUAGUCUGGUUACUUGCUUUUGUAAUUGAUCACAGUAUUGUACUGUGUAACUGAACUUAACUGCAAAUGUUGAUAUUUUGUAAUCAUCCCGCAUGAUUCCAGUUAGAUGCUUUCUUUAGCAAUUCUUGUGGACAGACUUUUAUAACAAGAAGUUUUUAUUGGAGAUCUUUCAA